AUGGACAAAGUUCUACGGCGAGCAGCUCUCGCGAGCAACCAGGCGAAGCGGAAGGUAAAGGCCACUCUUGCGAAAGACGCCCAUGACAAGCUCAAGGCAAACCUGAGAGAGAAGUUUGCCUACAACCGAAACCUGCUAGAUGAAGCCAUUGAGGAACGGAAGACCCGUCGAGAGGACUGGUUGAAGGGACCCCUAGCACCUAAGAGGAAUGUCGGUGAUCGUGAUGUACUGUACGGCACGAUCUCGACCGGCCGUCUACGAUUGCCCAAGGUGCCUGAGGCAAAGCGAGUGAAAUAUGUUACUAUUGCUCCCGGUGAUCGCGUGUGUAUGGUCAGAGGGAAGGAUAAAGGCAAAAUUGGCAAGGUCCUUCAGAUAGACGAGGAAUCGCAGAGUGUUACCAUUGAAGGAAUGAACAUGUUCGAUGUCGAAUUCCCUUCAUUUGCGUUAGCUGGGGACAACGACAGUCGUCCGUACCGACCGUAUCCAGCUCCAAACCACUUCGACGAUGUCCGACUUGUUGUACCUCUCCAAGACCCCGUCACCAACACUGUCAAGGACGUCGUUGUCAAACAUGCGUAUGGAGCCGGCCCCUUCCUCGACCGCCCGUAUGGCUCAACGACCCCCCGACACACCCGAUACAUAGCAGGCGCAGAUAUCGAGAUCCCCUGGCCCGAAACUGAGGAACCAGACUUCAAGGAUCAUCCAGUCGAUACCCUCCAAAUCGAAGUCGAGGCCAAAACCUUCCUCCCAUCCCUCCAAACCUACCCAAUGCCUAGCACUGUCAUAGACGAGCUCAGAAAUAAAUACUCGAAAUUCCGCACUAAGCAUGAUCCUGAAUACAUCACCGCGAAGGAAGAAGAGGCGGCCUUUUCAGAGUGGGAGAAGCAGAGGACGCUCGUGUCUCCGAAAACCGAAUAUAUGACAAAGAAGGUCGAGGAUAGGAGGCUGCAGAGGGAACAGGCGAAGGACGAGGAUGGCAAUUUCAGACUAGAUGGGGAGACGGCCAAUUUUAUUGAGCAGUUUAUGGCCAGGAAGCAGCAGACAGGCCAGCGCAGGACGAAUGCUGCAUAG